CCCCCUUCCACAUCCCGCAUCCGCAGUCUUCUGUCUCUCUCACUAGCCAUCAUGGGCGUCGAAGACAAGGGCUCAGACCCCCAUCUCGUUCACGAGGUCGUCGCGGAGAAGCACCUGGACUAUGAUUCCGAGAACCAGGUGCCCGUGCACGCGGAGCACACCCUCAAGCGUCAACUCAAGAACAGGCACAUUGCCAUGAUCAGUAUCGGUGGUGUCAUCGGUACUGGUCUGUUCUUGGGUACCGCGACCUCGCUGCAGCAAGGAGGUCCCAUCGGUCUACUUCUCGGUUAUGGUGUCGUCGGAACUGUCUGCUACAGUGUCAUGAUUUCUCUCGGAGAGAUGGUCGCAUACCUCCCGCUACCCGGCGGUCACAUCAAGCUCGCAGAGCGCUUCGUCGACCCGGCAUUCUCCUUCGUUAUGGGCUGGAAUUACUGGUAUAACUGGACUAUCAUCCUUCCUGCGGAACUGAGCGCGGCCGCCGUCCUAAUCAAUUUUUGGAAUCAAUCGGUCAACAACGCCGUAUGGAUAACGAUUUGCUUGGUCGUGGUCAUCACGAUCAACAUGUUCGGUGCGGGUGUGUACGGAGAGUGCGAGUUCAUCUUCGCGUCCAUCAAAGUCAUCACUAUCACCGGUCUGAUCAUUCUCGGUAUCGUCCUCGACCUCGGCGGUGGUCCCAACCACGACCGUCUUGGUUUCCGCUACUGGAAGAACCCGGGUCCGUUUGUGCAGUACGACGGGAUCGCGGGCGCCAAGGGCCAGUUCCUCGGGUUCUUCGCUGUCUUGACCCAGGCUGCGUUCUCCUUCAUCGGCACGGAGAUUGUUGCUAUUGCAGCAGGUGAGGCGAAGAACCCUCGUCGCAACUUGCCCAAGGCCAUCAAGCGCGUCUACGUCCGUAUCCUGCUCUUCUACAUCGGCGGUGUCACCAUCAUUGGCCUUCUCGUGCCUUCUUCGGACCCGGGUCUGGGCAUUACGACUUCCGAUGCUGGAAAGUCGCCCUUCGUCAUUGCCAUCCGCAAAGCCGGUAUCACAGGACUGCCAUCGGUCAUCAACGCCGCCCUCCUCACCUCCGCGUGGUCCGCUGCGUCUAGUGACUUGUACACGAGUUCCCGUGCACUCUACGGCCUUGCCACUGUCGGCAAUGCGCCCAAGAUCUUCAAGAAGGUCACCAAGAACGGCCUCCCCAUCGUCUCUCUCCUCACUUGCGCCGCGUUCUCCACGCUCGCAUACAUGGGUGUGUCGACUGGAUCCGGCCGGGUCUUCGGGUGGUUCGUUAACAUGACCUCCAUCGCCGGACUCAUGACGUGGUUCGGUAUCAGCGUGACGUACGUCCGCUUCUACAAGGGCUUCAAGCUCCAGGGCUUCGACCGUGCGACGCUCCCGUACGCUCACGUGCUGCAGCCGUACGCUGCCUGGUACGCGAUCUUCAUGUGCCUCUUCAUCUGCUUCUUCUCCGGCUGGGCAGUGUUCCUGAAGGGCAAGUGGGCGACGGACACGUUCGUCACGAACUACCUCCCGCUCGCGCUCUUCCCCAUCCUCUACAUCGGCGCGAAGCUCUAUUUCCGCACGCCCAUGGUCCGGCCCGAGGACAUGGACUUCAUCACCGGCCUCAAGGAGAUCGAGGCGGAGACCUACGACGAGCCCCCUCCCCGCAACUGGGUCGAGAAGUGGUGGCAGUGGCUGAUGUAAAAAACGGUUCGGUAUCUUGCCCGCCGCGUAAUGCUUACGACUCUGUAAUGCGCGGUCCCCACUUCUAUGUGCCACCGUGGAGUAUAACCCCUUGCUGCAGCGCACGCUGCUUAUUGUACUGUAGAUGUAGUAUCCGGAAUUGUAUAAUGAUAACCCGGUUAACAGCUGGAAGUCUAUUUU